CCUCUCCAAUAAGGAAACGCUGUCACCAGUAACGAUUGUGUAUGUGCAACAGAUGUCACCUGACUCAUGGAAGUCCUUUAAUACUCGGGUGACGCGAGACAAGCUGGACAGACGAGAUCUGCUCUUCACUAGUGUAUGAUGUUUCUUCAAAUGCCACCUGCCCGCUGUAUUCCUAUAAUUUGCGUUUUCUCUCUUUUUCUGGUUGGGAAAGCAGCGCGUUACGAACCUGACUGGGCGAGUCUGGAUACCAGACCUUUGCCAAAGUGGUACGACGAGGCGAAGAUCGGCAUUUUCAUCCACUGGGGGGUGUUCUCGGUCCCCAGCUUCGGUGAGUUCAGUGAGUGGUUCUGGUACUGGUGGAGAAGCGCGAGGCGCACCGAACAUGUUGCCUUCAUGAAGAAAAACUACCCGCCGGACUUUAAAUACACAGACUUUGCCAAAGAUUUCCACGCAGAAUUUUUCAAUCCGGACGCAUGGGCAGAUAUUUUCAAAGCAUCUGGAGCCAGGUAUGUGGUGUUCACAUCCAAACACCAUGAAGGAUUUACCAACUGGCCGUCACCAGUCUCCUGGAACUGGAACUCAGUGGACAUCGGUCCUCACCGGAACCUGGUGGGAGAAUUGGCUGCAGCUGUCAGGAAGAAAUCGCUGCGUUUGGGUCUCUACCACUCUCUCUAUGAGUGGUACCAUCCCUUGUACUUGAUGGAUAAAGCCUCUGGAUUCAAGUCUCAAUAUUUCGUUGCCAUGAAAACCCUUCCCGAGCUAGUGGAUCUCGUAAUGACUUACAAACCUGAUUUGAUCUGGUCUGAUGGGGACUGGGAGGCAGAAGAUACGUACUGGAACGCCACCCACUUUUUGGCCUGGCUCUACAAUGACAGCCCAAUCAAGGACGAAGUGAUUACCAAUGACCGGUGGGGUAAGAGCUGCCACUGCAAACAUGGAGGCUACUAUAACUGUGCUGACAGGUACUCCCCAAGCACAAUUCCAGACCACAAGUGGGAGAAAUGCCAGACCAUUGACACCCAUUCCUGGGGCUACAGAAGAGAAAUGGUGCUCAAGGAACUCAUGAAUCUGCCUUCCAUCAUAAAGGACAUGGUGACUGUGGUGUCAAUGGGUGGCAACUUCCUUCUAAACAUCGGGCCUAUGUCAAAUGGAAUGAUUGCCCCAGUGUUUGAGGAGAGGCUGAGGGGACUUGGUGCCUGGUUGGACAUAAAUGGAGAGGCUAUAUAUGCCUCCAAUGUCUGGCGGGUCCAGACAGAGAACGGCACUGUCGAUUUCAGGUACACUGCCAGAAACGGUACAGUUUAUGCCAUUUUCUUUGGCGAUUUUCCUUUCAUAUUAAAACUUACAACACCGAAGACAUCUGUAGCAACAAAGGUGACUCUUUUGGACUAUCCUGACAAGCCACUGAAGUGGGAGCCACUGACACAAUCAGCUGGACUGUUGAUUCUCAUGCCUGUUAUGCCGCCAUCUCCUGGAAAUUCCUGGACCCUGAAGCUGGAGGGUGUAGCCUAACAGCAGGGGGGGGGGGGGGCAACGGAUGACAGUAUGUACUGUAUUGUAUUGUGUCAGUGGCAAGUCUGUUGCACUGAUUUUUUCUAAAUCCACACUUCAUGUGACUGUAGAGGGAGUUAUUAGGACAAUGAAAAUGGUUUUGUUUUGUUCAGUUUUUUUUCACGUUGUGGCAUAUUUUACUUUUUGAGCACGUCACUUCGGAGAGUGAGCGAUUCCAAAAAGGUUUUUCACUACUGGCCAGACUGGACGCCCAGUGGCCACAAGAUCAUUUGAGUUUAAAAGCCCUGUUUUGUGUUUCAAAAUAAAGAAAAGAAAAAAAGUCUCAUUUCA